CUUCUUCUUCUUCUUCUCUUUCUCUCCUUCAAGUCAGCCAACUUAGUCGCUCUUUAGACUCAAUUCGUUCGCUCAGGUCCUGGCCUCGCUACGCUCUAAUAAAAUACAAUACCCUUAAUCCUGCUUAUACCCAGGUCUCUCCAGAUCUAUACUCUUGAUACCACCAACAACACUACCAAAAACAACAUCAACAAGUCAAGAUGAAGCUCACUCUCGUCGUUGCUGCCCUCGCGGCCGCCGUCUCUGCCGUCACUCCUCCAAACUACAGCCAGUCUCCCUCCGGCAACCCCAUCGCUUCCCCGGGCCUCCACGAGCGCGUCCCUGUCAGCAAGCCCUACACCAUCACCUGGCAGGCAACCACCUCGAGCCACGUCUCCAUCAUGCUCCUCCACGGCUGCCCCAAGAACUGCGAACCAGUUGCAACGCUUGCGGAGAACAUCCCCAACUCCGGCCACCACUCCUGGACUCCUAGCUCUGAUCUCACCGGUGACGAUAGCUACGGCCUCAUGAUUGUCGUCGAGGGCACCGGCCAGUACCAGUACAGCACCAACUUCGGCAUCGAGAACCACAGCCCCAAGCCACAGCCACCAAAGUCCACCACGCCAGCCGAGAAGCCUACCUGGACUCCCCAGCCCUCCAAGCCAGUCACCCAUAUCAUCGAGACCUCCAGCACUCCCGUCCCCUCCGGCGGCGUCAUCACUCUCACCACCUCCAUCUGCCCUCCAUCCGGCACCGCCGUCCCCGGUGUGCCCCAUCCAACCGGCAGCGUGCCUGUCCCCGGCACUCCUCACCCAACCGGCGGCAACCCAGGCCCAGCUCCAGCUCCAUCUGGCUCUGGUGCUCCCAUGCCACCACCAGCCUCGACCAACACCCCUCCACCAUUCAACAACGGUGCCGGCCGCGUCGGCGCUGGUCUCGGUGCCGCUCUCCUCGUUGUCGCCGCUGCUUUUGCCAUGUAAAGAGAAAUUGCUCCGUUUUCUUUUCUCUCUUCGAUAAAUAUGUAUUAGACAUACCAAGAUCAGCCUCAUGAACCGUGCGAUGAUAUCUCUCUCCUACUACAACUAACUACAACUACUACUUUUCUCCCAUUUCUCUUCAUUCAUCUAACUAUUACUCUUCUUCUCUACGCUGCUCCUAAGAGCGCGCCCUUUUUUUUUACACCGUAUCUAGCACAGCUUGACUGUCCUUUAUCUACGCUUCUUUCAUACCUCUUCCGCUCCUCACGAUGGACUGCACAAAAGCCUGCUUUCCUUGUUCUUUUCCUCGCUCAUGUCUUCCUCGCCCGUAUGUAUGUAAAUACUAAUACCUACUAUACUUCUAUCUCUUAACCCGCUUCAUUGUCUUUUGCUUCUCGCUUCCCAGGUCUUCCCUGCAGAUACCAGAUCGGCUAUAGGGCUAAUCUCCCUCUCCGUUUCAUUGCAUCCAACGGCUUCCUGCCUGGCCUUGCUUCAUCCUGCGCCCUACAUACAUACUCUUACACCCUGCGUCGGCCCUUUCAACGCCACCGUCGCACAACCCACGAGACAACAACUCUUGAAUUAAGCUUAUCGCUGACAUAACCUUAACCUUAGCCCCCUCAAGCCAUCCCCAAGCCCCCUUUUCUUGCAGCGUACUUACAUGUACUCCGUCCAGUGAUGUUCAUUUCGUCAUCCAACAAUCGCUGCCCUAGCUCCUGUCGAUCGCGCCGAUCUCAAAACACCCUCGUCCUCUCCCUUUCCUCACCCGCACUAAAACUGUCGGAUCUUCUCCCGCCGUUCAGCUUGUCAGCGCAAGGCUGUCUCCAUAUAUACCACCACAAG